GCCUAACAAUCCGAAGCCCAGACAAUGUAUUGUGUCUGCAGGGCAAAUUGUGUUGGAGCUGGAUAAGACGCCUUUCUCAUAAGUCUGAGGUCCAACAUUGUCAUUGGUUUCCCUUCAACGGAUCCCUGUUUACAAACAGCGCAACAACACUGGUGUGAAACUUCGUCAGCGCGCUGUCUAUUGUUUUGGGAGCCUGUGUUCCAUCACAGGUCAGAGAAAAGGGGGCGCUCGGGACAAUGGAGGGUCCACUUAGUGCGUGGAGCGCAGCAGGAAAGCGCCUGCGUGGAGCAGGAAGCAGGGGAGGUCGGGGGGGAGGAAGCAGCUUUAAAAGCAGGCGACGCCUCGCGGGCUCAGACCGGACCCGACCCAGACGCAGGCCGGGUUGGAUGCCGUGACGCUGUUCCUCACAGUCAUGGUGGGGAUCUGACAGCAGCGCUUAAUUCUGGGCCAUAAAGGUCCUUCAGGCCUCACUUCAACCUGUGGGACAGUAAACAGGAGGAGGAGCGGCGGUGGCAGCUGCGCUUGAGGGGGUUCAUUUUCAUUUUGGCAGCACACCCAGACUUUUGGUUCCAACUUCUGAUUCUCGCGCGGCCCGUAUUGCCAAAAACUGCUGUUCUUUGGAUGCUUCACAAAUAAAUUAAGAAGAUGCGGCCGUGAUUGGGUCUUUUUUUUCCUCUGGAGGUGGUGUUAUUAUUCUCGCUGUAGUGGCAUCGCUGCUGCAUCGCUGCACAGGAAGCGACGUGUUGCCGUGGAGGUCACGGACAAAUUCCUCACUCGGCUGCUUUUCUACACCAGCAGGUGUUAUGGAUCCGCAGCGUUUCCUGUGCUGGAGAGUGCUCCUACUGCUUCUCUCGACGUCGCGUGGGCUCCUCGUGUCGGUGCACAUCCUGAACGAGCAGCCCGUGUACGUGAUCCCCGGCUCCAGCCUGGUCCUGAGGGCCCGCGUGGACCCGGGGCCCCCGCAGGCGCCGCCCGCCGUGACCUGGGAGCGGGAGCCCGAGUCCGGAGCCGCCGGCGCCAGAGAGACGCUGGCCACGUGCCCGGGCGGGAGCGGCGGGUGCGCGGGCGCGAGGCCGGGGGUCCGCGCCGGCGUGGAGCAGCUGGAGGCCACGCUGCAGGUCAGCGGAUACGGCCGGGCGGACGGCGGCGUGUACGUGGUGACGGUGAGGGACCGCGAGGGGGCCACGGCCACGGCGCGCUGCAUAGUCAGGGAGUACGAGGCCGUGCACCACGUCUCCAUCGGCGUCAACGCCUCGCACUCGGCGCUGGUCUGAAGCCCCGCUU